AUGGCGGCGUCCUGUGUGUGUAAACACGUAGCAUGGGUUUUUGAGUUUUAUUGAUGGAAGUGCUGUGUUUAUGCAUGUAAAACAACUGAUAGAAGGAAAUUUAACAGAAGGACAUCAAGGUGCGACGAAUUUUCGAAGAGAGACAGCGAGAGGUGUGAGCAUGUCCGAUCCUGGAACCUGCAGUGACGCCGUUAGUUUAGGAGGAACAGGACAGGAGUCAGAAGCUGAUGGAGAUCCACCCCAUGCUGCACCUCCUCCACCCUGCAUUGAAGAGGAGGCUCAAUCUGUCACCAAACAGCCACCUCCUGUUGAAGGGAUGGAGGUGGACAUUGGUCAGCCUGAUGCAUGCACCGAGAUGCGAACAGGAGUUCAUGAGUGUCAGGACACUGAUGGAAUCCCAGACAGAGAACUUCGAGUGAGUGAGUGGGUGGAGCACAGAAUGUUCACAGAGUUAGAGGAGGCUGGACAGAGGCCUGGAGAAUUGACACAAAGAGAUGAAGAGUGGCAAGAAAAUGAAGAGACAAUCGCAGAGACUGAGAGAGAAAAGGAUGGAGGAGGAGGAGAUGUGCAGGAAAACACUGACACACAGCCCACUGAGGAUCAGGGUCAGUACCUGGGCCUGGAUUUCACUCAGAACCCCCAGACGCUGACAGGGUCCUGGGCAGAAUACACACACACUCCGGAGAACUACCUCAAAGGCUGCAAAUGGGCUCCAGAUGGUUCCUGUAUCCUCUCGAACAGUGCAGAUAAUGUGCUGCGUGUGUAUAAUCUCCCACCCGAGCUCUACAGCAGCAGCUGGGAUCUGCUCUCCGAGAUGAGUCCAGUACUGAGGAUGAGUGAAGGAGACACCGUCUAUGACUACUGCUGGUUUCCAAAGAUGAGCUCUUUGGAUCCAGACACCUGCUUUAUUGCCAGCAGUAGCCGGGACAACCCAGUCCACAUAUGGGACGCUUUCUAUGGUAAUCUCCGCGCAACCUUUCGACCCUACAAUCACCUAGAUGAGCUGACGGCGGCCCAUUCAUUGUGCUUCUCUCCAGAUGGCUCGCAGCUCUACUGCGGAUUUGAUAAGAUAGUCAGGGUGUUUUACACAGAACGCCCUGGCCGAGAUUGUGAGCAGAGGCCUACUGUCGUGAAGAAACGGGGCCAGAGUGGUAUCAUCUCGUGCAUGGCAUUUAGUCCGUCUCAGCCAGUGUACGCUUGCGGUUCAUAUUCACGCACGGUGGGUCUAUACUCAUGUGAGGAUGGCUCAUUGUUGGCUCUGUUCCCCCAACGCCACCAUGGUGGAGUCACACACUUGCUCUUCUCACCGGAUGGCAACCACCUGUACACAGGCGCCCGCAAGGAUCCAGAGAUCUUGUGUUGGGAUCUAAGAGAUCCAGGUCAGGUUCUGUUCUCACUACGCAGAAAUGUGAGCACUAACCAGCGCAUUUACUUCGACUUAGAUCCGUCUGGCCGGUACCUUGUGAGUGGAGACACAGAGGGCAAGAUGUCAGUAUGGGACACACUCACAGCGCCUCCUGAUGGCAAUGAAGAGGUGCUGAGGCCUGUGCUCCAGUUUCAGGCUCACACAGACUGCACUAAUGGCAUCAGUCUUCAUCCUUUUAUGCCAUUAGUGGCAUCCUGCAGCGGUCAGCGUCAGUUCCCAUGGCCUGGAGACAGCGAUGACUCAGACUCGGAGGAAGACAGGAUGAUGACAUCCAGCGACAUCAGAGAGGACAAUGGGCUCGUGCUGUGGUGGGCAGGACCACUGGGUUCAACCAAUGAACAGUAGCAAGAGGAAGGGAGCACAGCUUGAGAGCUUGUCAUCCGUAACUGUUAGACUUUUUUUGUGAACUGGACCAAGAUUUACAAACUGCUUGGUUGCAGUCACGACUGUGAAAAGAAUGUACGUGUCAUGUGUAAUGUCUUUCAGAAACAAUCUUGCAAGCAAUGAGCUGAAGACUUUAUUGAUUGAUUAUAGAAGAGCUUGUAAUGCGUUUUGAGGGAGGCCUUUCAUAGAUUUUGAUGGUGGAGGAAGGGAAUUUAAAAGCUCAAUUAAUUAAAAAAUAAAAGCAAAAGCCUAAAUCGGGCAGUGAACUUUUUACAAUCCAUUAGUGAAUUAGUUCAGUUUAACGUGACUUUAGUGCUAAUCUUGCAGCGAAUGCUCCUCAGUCGCAAUUUUACUUCUUUGGGGUGUUUUUUUUUUUUUUUUAACUUGCAUUAUUUGCUGAAUGUUUAUGGCAACUGUGGGAGGGGAAAAAAAGCUUUUCUCCUCUUGUGAGAAAUUGAAAAGGACGUUUCCCUGAAAACGAAGUUUCUUAAAUGGUCAUGUUUGAGAUAAGAAUGGAAGCGAGCACUCAAUCAUUGCUUGGUGUUCGGUGAACUUUCUCCUCCACAGCUCUCCCAAUCUAAUUCUUCUGUUCUGGUGAGACGCUGCUACAUUUAUUACAUCUUCUGUGUGUAGUGCUGCCGUGUCCAUCUGUAAAUCAUUUUAUAGUGAUUGAUAACAUAAAAUUCUCCAAAGCUUA